AUGGUAUCGCGACAACAGGUGUUGCCUGUGGGGAGCAGCGAAAGUGUCUUGCAAAUGCUCGAAGAGAAUAGCAGGGAGUACACUGCUCUCCGCGGUCUUUUCAACGCUCGGUGGAUGAAACCACGGCCGGCAAAGGGUGUUUCUAUCGAGCGCGUCUACAGCAUCCAGGUUUCUCGUGAGAUGCGUGAGAAGCACGAGCGGUACAAAGGAAUGUUCGGCAAUCUGUGCCAACGCUUUCAUGGCACCUCCUGCAACGAAGGGUGCAACUUCAUGGUCGAUCCACAGGGCGGACAAGCCCCGUGCGGGAAGAGCAGCUGCAGCGUCUGCAACAUCUGCAAGCUAGGCUUCAAGCUGGGAGCCAACGUGGCCGGCACGGCCCGGGCAACCGGUGUCCCGCUUCGGUACGGGGAGGGCAUCUACUUGACAAGCGUGUCCGGAAAGGCAAACGACUACGCCUCGCGCUCGGCGAAGAAAAUCGGUAUCGCCUCGGAGCUGAGGUGCAUGUUCGUCGCCAGCGUCGCCGUGGGAAGAGCGUUCAAGACCAAGAGUACUAGGCUCCCGGCAAACCAGUGCCCGCCUCCUGGCUAUCAAUCUGUGGUGGGAGAGGUGGGCCAAGGGCUGAACUUCGACGAGUUCGUGGUGUACAACGAGGAGGCCGCUCUGCCAACUCACCUCAUCGUGUAUGCUCUUCGGCACUGA